CUUUUGCUCUGCAUGCCUGCAGGAAUGUCUGAAGCCGAAGAAACCUGUCUGUGGGGUGUGUCGCAGCGCUCUGGCACCUGGCGUCCGAGCUGUGGAGCUCGAGCGACAGAUCGAGAGCACAGAGACUUCUUGCCAUGGCUGCCGUAAGAAUUACGUCCUAUCUAAGAUCCGAGCCCAUGUGGCUUCAUGUCCCAAAUACCAGAAUUACAUCAUGGAAGGUGUGAAGGCCACCACCAAGGAUGCAUCCCUUCAGCCAAGAAACGUCCCAAACCGGUACACCUUUCCUUGUCCUUACUGUCCUGAGAAGAACUUUGAUCAGGAAGGACUCGUGGAGCACUGCAAAUUAUCACACAGCAUGGAUACCAAGUCUGUGGUUUGUCCCAUAUGUGCCUCGAUGCCCUGGGGUGACCCCAGCUACCGCAGCGCCAACUUCAUGGAGCAUAUCCAACGCCGCCACCGCUUUUCCUAUGACACUUUUGUGGACUAUGAUGUUGAUGAAGAUGACAUGAUAAACCAGGUGUUGCAACGAUCCAUCAUCGACCAGUGAGCAGGGUCCUCACUGUCCACCUCAUUCUAGAGCUUCCAUUACGCAUUAGGUGUGAGCCCUUGACUCCUGUACCUCACAUGUAAUGCAGAUCUGUAAAUGAGCCAUGGCACCAGACAGGGUCACUUCUCCCAGGGCCUAGGGCAGAGCCCUGUUUCCUUUGGGCUCUUGUUGACAUUGUCUUCCUGGCUGAUAACCUUGUUUGUCCCAUGGUCCGCUCUCGUCACACCUUAGCUACUGCCUCCUUUAAAAAGAAGAGUCCAGCUUCUGUUCCCACGUGUUCUUGUUUCAUGUUCAUCCUACUGUCCAGUGUUCGUCUCUUAGGUCCUCCUACUCAGCCAGCCCCUUCCCCGGGGCCAUGAAUAGCACAAUUAAACAGGGACUCCUUUCCCUGGCCCUGAGGUACCUGGGUUCUGGGUUCUGCUGUAUACCAGGCCAGGCUGCGCUCCCCUUUUCUUCCUGGAUGAUGACCUUGGGGUUUCAAAAACUGAUCCUGUUUUGGUUUCUGCUGUUUCCCUACAUCUCCUGCACAUCCAUAGAACUGAUGGCUUCUGUCUUAAAUGCCUGACAGUGCCUUUUUAGGAUAAGGUAUCACCAUAGAAAUAGAAUGGAAGUGUCGGAUAGCAAAGCUGGGGUACACUCGUCUGUAAGUGGGGAGAAAGUGGUGUGUGGGUUUUGGUUCUCUUUCACACUGAGUGUUCCCAGGUGGCUGGGUCAUGUGCCCCUCUGUUGUGUAUCUGCUGAUACUCUUGCUCUGAAGAAUGAAAGAGCCCUUGGGUGAUGGAGGCACUGACUGUUGAACCUGCUGCUCGAUAACCAACCUGAGCAUUAUUGCUGUCAUACAGACCUCUGUGCCCAAGUGUAUGUUUUAAAACCCUGCCUUUUGGUGCAAAGCCAGGGUCAUACCCACUUGUCUCUUCAAAGCCCCUGUUGGGAAGUUAAAGUUAGGCCCCUGCCAAAGUUAAGAAAGGUGUUCUGCUGGAGGCUUUCUCGAGCAGCAGCUCUAAAAACUGCUAGUCCAGUACAUUUUACAAAGUACAGUUGGGCACCACCAGGCAGCCAGCCAAUCUGCAGAACAGACGCCCUGACAGACCUAGGGCUUUGGGAGUAAGUUGUCCUUCCUGUCGUGUGGCUCUGGUCCAGCUGAGACUGCAUGCGAUAUUGUGCUUUUGACGCCGUACUUCUACUGUGGCUUCUGCCUGCUAGGGAAAAGCUAGCUCAGAUGCAGCAGAGUCGGGCAGGGUCCCUUUCCACUUCACAGAACCCUCUGGAAAGGUUUGCUCAGGAGAUAUCGGGAGGGACUGAGAAGGACACAGCUGUACAACAGGAACCUCUUAUCCUGCAUCACAUCCACUAUUUCUAAUGUAACAGCUUUCCAGAAAGUUUGGUGGUUAUGUUCUGGCUUUUAAAAGGUGAACUUAAAUAAAUUUCAUAAUUUAUCCAACCAGCAA